AUGCCCUCCCAGGGCACCUCCCUUCUGCUGGCCUUGAUGACGUUCGUGACGCUCACCUCAUCCGUGCUGUACUACCUGCAGCAGUCUGACUUGGCACCAAGCCUACCGGCAGCGCGGGGCCACGCCGCGGCUCCGGCCGGCACCUGGAUCGACCUCCCAGUCAGCACGCGGCCGCGAAAGACAGUCCUGCUCUACACCCGGCUGCAGGGCACCUUCGAAAACUGGCGGCGUCGCUUCGGCGAGAGCUUCGACGAGUGCCGCUGGUCGCGCUGCGAGGUGACGACCGAGCGGGCCGCGCUGCCCGCCGCCGACGCGCUGCUCUUCUCGCUGUACGACCUGCGACCGGACGAGCCGCUGCCGCCGCACGGCCGGGGCGCGCGCGGCGCGCACGGCCCGGGCCGAGCGGGCGUUGUGGCGCAGUGGCGCCGGAAGGUGGGCCCGCGGGUGGCCCCCGUCGUCUGGGUCAGCUCGCACUGUCACACGGAGAGUCAGCGCGAGACCUACGUGCGCCAAAUGCGAGACACCAUCGACAUCGACGUCUACGGCGAGUGCGGCGAGCUAAGCUGUCCCAUCACGAAGAAGGGCUUUUGCAUGCGUCUGUUCCAGCAGCACUACACGUUCAUGCUCGCCUUCGAGAACGCGCUGUGCGAGGACUACGUGACGGAGAAGUUCUUCAACGCGCUGCAGUACGGCCUGGUGCCGGUGGUGCUGGGCGGCGCCAACUACAGCCGGCUGGCGCCGCCCGGCAGCUUCGUGGACGCGCAGCAGUUCGCGUCGCCGCGCCACCUGGCUGAGCACCUGCUGCACCUGAGCGGCGCGCCGGCCGAGCUGGCGCGCCUGCACGCCUGGCGGAACCACCACCGCGUCUACAGCGGCGAGCGUCACUUCACAUGGUGGAAGUGCGAGCUAUGCCGGCGGCUGCACGAGCGGCGCGCGCACGUUCACCACACGGACAUGUACCGGUUCAUGCUGGGCGAGCAGCAGUGUCAGGGCUCGUGGCAGGCGGCGCUGGCCGCGCGGUACGGCCGGCUGCCGCAGGACGACGAGGAGUGA